AUGCUGGGAGAACUAAUAUCCUUUUUUAGGAAUCUCCACGAGAUACUUGAUUCCUCAGGUGCCACAGGAGCAUUGGUGGCUUGGCUGAUCAGCUAUAAACCAGCCUUGUUUGGAUUCCUAUUUCUUCUGCUAUUGCUUAGCAACUGGCUGGUCAAGUAUGAACUCAAGCCCAUCCCUCCAGAACCCCAGCAGGACAAGAUCCUCGAACGGCUUAUGGUCAGUGAAAUGAAGCUGAAGGUCUUAGAAAAUCAGAUGUUCAUCUUAUGGAAUAAAAUGAGUCACCACAAGACGUGGAGCUGUCCCCUUUCCACCCUUCUGCUGUUUCUGCAGGGGGCCAACCUGCAUGGUCUGCACCAUCAGAUCCCUUUGCCCUGUGGCUUCCAGUUGAGUUUGGCCAACAGGGAUCCCCAGCAGAAGAUGACAGGUUAG